UGCCAGCAGCAAGAAAGGGUCAACUAAAAUAAACUUAACCUACUUCUCACCAAGCGAAUGUCAGUUUGUUUACAUUCAAAAUGCAAGAUCUCUUGGAAAUGGAAAAUUUGGCCCUAGAAAUUGUCGAAAAAAGGAUUCUGCACUGGAACUGCCGAGGGUAUGUCAAAAUGCCAAAAGUGUUGAAAAACGGUCAAAACAUCAAUGAAAUAUAUUUGAAAUGGAACAAGUUAUCACAUUUGCCUCAUUGGAUCGGGAAAUUAAAAAAUAUAACAAAUUUGUACCUGCAACACAAUCAACUAGUGUGUUUGCCUGAAGAACUUGGAGAGCUGUCACAGCUCACCGUUUUAGAUGUAACAAGUAACUUAAUCUGUAACUUACCUGCAGGAAUAGGGCACUUGCACAGAUUAAAUUGCUUCUUGGCAGCUAAAAAUGCAUUGAGUUGCAUUCCAGAUGACUUUCAGAUGCUGCAAUCUCUUCAAAUUUUGGACUUCAGCUGUAACAGUUUUAAGCGAAUUCCAGAUCCUAUAUUAAAGUGCAGAGGCUUACAAGAAAUCAACUUUGACAACAAUUGUUUAACAAGUUUACCUGACAACAUUGUGUAUCUUCCACAUUUGAGCAUGCUUUCUGUUUGUGGAAACAAGCUACUUUACUUGCCGUUUCUCCCAUUCAUGUCCAAUCCAUUCAUUGCCUUUGAAAAUAACUGCAACCUCAACUACUUAUCAAUAUGGCAGGGUCAACAGAUUUCUUCAAAAAGCAAUGGUAUUUUUAAUCCGGAAAGUCCAUGGAAUCUGCCAAGAGCUCAAGGAUGUUUCUGCAUUGUGCUCGGCCCAUCCCGGGUUCCCAUUGGAGAUAUAAGAGUGAGAGACAACUCACCUGGAAAUGGGGUGCCACUUGUACUGCCUUCACGAUUGAAACUGAUCUCCUCAGGCCAAGGUUGUCAGCCUUCUGUACCCUCUCUGUUAGAGCUAGCACUGAGAACAGUUUACAGUUUAGGAUACAAUCUUAGUAUACAGAGAAAGAAAAUUGAGAAGGGGUAUCACUUCGGUAUGACAAGAUUUUGCUCAAAUUAUCAAAUUUAUGACAGUCUUCCACUGGUUCUGCAGCAGCAAUUGACAGUUGGUCCAACAACACUUUGUUAUCUGUGCAACUCACCCAUAUUUACAUGUGGAGUAAUUUGGGUUGUCAUGAAAGAAUAUUAUAUUGAGAUUGAUUUGGACCCUCUCAGUCAUGUUUUAUGCAUAAUUGUAUUUUGCUCAGUAUCCUGCAGUUCAUUGUACUCUCAGUCUGAAAGAGAAAGCAUCAUCCACAACAAUCUUGUGUCAAGAAAAUUAAAUUGGUUCCCUGAAAAGUAGUUACAUUCAAAGAAUUUCUUCUUUGUAAACUUGGCAUGUUGUGCUUUCUAUUGCCGGCAUGGUCAUUACCUACAUCAGACCACAACUUCUCCAUCCCUAUGUUUUAUAGAAACUGUUUUAAGAAAGCUGUUUCUUCCUGUCAAGAAAAAGUUAUCUUCUUCAACUGCUACAUUUUCAAUGGGCCAGAACUUGGUGGUCUUGAAAAAAUGCCAUGUAUGUUGGCAAUUGCACAAUCUUAGAAUACAGAGAAACAAAACUGAGGAGGCAUAUCACUUCAGAGCAGCAAAAUCUUGCCUAAACAAA